AAGACCAGGAAGUGAACAUUUUUGAUGCAGCCGUCUGCUCCUUCUCUUCGCGAAUAAUACUCGUUUCCUGGUUGAAUAUAGUUGGACAGAAAAAGACGCAAGUGGCACACACAGAUAUUGUGAAAGCCGCAUGUUUUGAUGAACUGAUAUAUAUAUUUUUUUAAAAAAAGUCGCGGCGGUGAGAUCGGGAGCCAGAGUGCGUGGUUAGGGCGUGUUUGAAUCUCUGACUGCCCCCACCACCACCACCACCUCCUCCUCCUCCUCCUCCUCCUCCUCCUCACUGGAUGCUAGCUCGGUAGCCUUUGCAUGUCGUUGCCCUCGUAGAGUUGGAAGUUGUGUUUUAUAGUCUGCGUUUAUUUUAUUUAUUCGGAGGCCAGGAGAGAAGAAGUGGACGAAAGAUGGGAUGUACGCUGAGCACGGACGACAAGGCGGCGCAGGAGCGGAGCAAGAUGAUCGACAGGAACCUGCGGGACGACGGGGAAAAGGCAGCCCGGGAGGUCAAGCUGCUCCUGCUCGGGGCUGGAGAGUCUGGAAAAAGUACGAUCGUUAAACAGAUGAAGAUCAUCCAUGAGGCGGGCUACUCAGAGGAGGAGUGUAAGCAGUACAAGGCCGUGGUCUACAGCAACACCAUCCAGUCCAUUAUUGCCAUCAUCAGAGCUAUGGGACGCCUCAAGAUUGACUUUGCUGAUGCAGCCAGAGCAGAUGAUGCGCGGCAGCUGUUCGUCCUGGCGGGUUCGGCGGAAGAGGGCUUCAUGACCGGUGAACUGGCCGGGGUCAUCCAGCGGCUGUGGAAGGACGCGGGAGUUCAGGCCUGCUUCAGCCGCUCCCGAGAGUACCAGCUCAACGACUCCGCAGCAUAUUACCUAAACGACCUGGACAGGAUAUCCAGCGCCGCUUAUGUUCCCACCCAGCAGGAUGUGCUGAGGACCAGAGUGAAAACCACUGGUAUUGUGGAAACACACUUCACUUUCAAGGACCUGCACUUCAAGAUGUUUGAUGUAGGUGGACAGAGAUCAGAGAGGAAGAAGUGGAUCCAUUGUUUUGAGGGAGUGACCGCCAUCAUCUUCUGCGUGGCUCUGAGUGACUACGACCUGGUGCUGGCUGAGGACGAGGAGAUGAACCGGAUGCACGAGAGCAUGAAGCUGUUCGACUCCAUCUGCAACAACAAGUGGUUUACGGACACCUCCAUCAUCCUGUUCCUCAACAAGAAAGACCUGUUUGAGGAGAAGAUCAAAAAGAGCCCACUCACAAUCUGCUAUCCAGAAUAUACAGGCAGUAACACCUACGAGGAGGCAGCGGCUUACAUUCAGUGCCAGUUUGAGGACCUGAACAAGAGAAAGGACACCAAGGAGAUCUACACCCACUUCACCUGCGCCACCGACACCAAGAACGUGCAGUUCGUGUUCGACGCCGUCACCGACGUCAUCAUCAAGAACAACCUGAAGGACUGCGGCCUUUUCUAAAGGCUCCCCGGUGACCGGCUGAGCGAGUGACUUUGUUCAGGUGGAGUCUGGAAACUUCACGGACCCUGCUGAGAAUGUCACUUUUAACCUCCUUAUUAACUUAUGUUCAUCUCUAAAAGAUUUAAAGGCGGCGUGUAGAGAAAACAUUUUGUGUAAAAUAUUUGUACAACUGUCUAUGGCCAGGGAGUUUUCAGUUUUUAAAAUGUGCUUGUUUUACCUUUAUUAUUUUUAAUUUUUAUAUUAACAGGGGGGCCUUUGCUUUGCUUUUUUUUUUUUUUUUUGUCCAUGAAUGAACACUUUGUGUUUUUGUUUGUAGUAGUUCGUGCCUUGCAUGCUUUAGUUACAGUGUCUUCUUUUUGUCGACAUAGGUUUUUGUAGAUGCCACCAGUCAGCUCUUUCCCUGAGUCCAUAUUAUCUUUUUUUUUUUUUCCCCGACUGUUGCAUAACCUUUGCCUCCUUGUACAAAUCAAAAAAAAAAAGACCAAGUCACUCUGUAGACCAAUUCACUCUGACGCUGACAUACUGUGAGCUGUGUGGAAACCUGUUCCGAUGUGUGAUUUGCAUGCAUGCGAAUGCAUGAGUGAAAGCUUUGUUUUGAUCGGGGUCGAAUGGCCGUGUGAGUGAGGUGAGUGAGCGAGUGCGUGGAUGUGUGCACAAUAUUAAAACAAAACAAAACAAAAACAAAGGGACUUUAUUCCUCUACUUGUCAUCCUCUUUCAAAGUUUUAUUUUUCUAAGCGACCAAAAAAAAAGAAAAGAAGCUACUCUCUCAAAUUAACGAGUGCACGUUGUCGGUGUGCUUCUACAAACAUUCCUGAGUGAAUCACGGCGGAAAAAGAAGCUUUGAAAAGAUGAUGCCAAUGGUGGCCUUGUAGCAGACAGUAGGACCAUAUUUAGAUCUGUGCUCGGUGCAUUGACAGACAUACAGCUGGUAUAACUGCACUGUUAUUGAUUAGGAUCUGCGAUGGUUUCACGUUACAUAUCCCCCCCCCCCUAGACCCCACCCCUCUGUUUCCAUUGGAUGGGGACGUAAGCGGACUAAUCUCCAUACUUUUGCUAAUAAAAGAGUUGCUAUGGUGAAACCAUGGCAACUUAUGCAACAA